CUGAACGGCCUUGGGAGACUUGUCCAGGACCUCUUCUUGCAGUUCAGGUACCGUGAAUGAAAAGACUGGUGAAGAUCUGGAAAUUCAUUGGCCUCAUUUAGAGCUGGAUUAGAGAAUAGAGAGAAGAUGGACGGACAAUGCUCAGCAGGUGCAGAAGCUGGAAAAAGCCCUCUGGCGCCUCAUUCCGGGAGCUGUGGGGAGAACUGGGCAAAAGUUGGGCAGAAGUUCCCAGAGGAUGAAGCCAUCAGUUCGGAAAUACUAUGCUGGGAGUUCAGGAACGCCCUCUACCAGGGGGCCAAGGGGCCCCGAGAGAUUUGCAGCCGCCUUCACCACCGUUGCCAUCAAUGGCUGCAGCCAGAAAGACACACAAAGGCGCAGAUGGUGGACCUGCUGCUCCUGGAGCGGUUCCUGGCCGUCCUGCCACCGGAGAUGAAGAGCUGGAUUUGGGACUGUGGAGCAGAGACCACCUCCCAGGCGGUAGCCCUCGCUGAAGGCUUCCUGCUGAGCCAGGCAGAGGAGGAGCAGGAAGAUUUGCAGGUGUGAGAAUUUAAUCUUGG